AUGAAUACUAGCAUCACCACUACUGAUCACUUACAUUCUAUCUCUACCAUCAUCUCAUUUCCUCCCUCCUUGGUCUCCAUCACACUCGUUGAUGAUCCCAUGGUGGUUGUCCCCACCAAUGAUGAAGCCAUCACCAUAGGACUUGAGGUUGCUCCUCUUGAGGCACCUCAGACACUUGCAGCCGAUCCUCAAGAAGGUGCAUGUGAAUUAACCAGUGUCAAUCCUUCAAAUGACGUUGAGGACCCCUCAGGUCCUUCAGGAAAUGAACCUACAACCAUUGAGACUGAAGUUGAAGUCUAUGAUAUGGUUGAGGAUGUGAAGUUGUUGUUGUACAUGGACGAGGUGCACAACGAAAUACCCUUAAAGAAAGAACUGAACAACGGCCUCUCUGCUGUCAAAUCUAAGGUCCAUGACGUCAAGGAGUCGCUGAUGGCUGUGAAGACUGAAGUCCAAGCUAAUGUUGAUGUUGUAGUUGUUCUAUCCAACAAAGCUGAUGACGUCCAGGCCUACUCCUUCUCUCUAGAGCACAAGUUAGAAAACCACUCCUCUCAUCUAAAUGACCUCACCUCUCGUCUUGAUAAUGACAAAGAGGGGGAGAAAGAUAAAGAGGAAGAGAAAUUGGUUGCUGCUGAGGAAACCGCUGAUGAUGAUGAUGCACUGAUCCCUCAUGUAGAUGCUCCUAUCCCUAAUGCUAAGGACGCAUUCAAUACUAAAGAUGAUGAUGAUGUCGUGAUUGCUCCUGCUGAUCAUGAAGACUAUCCCUUUACCUCUGUAUUGCCAAAUGUUGGUGAUGAGGAUGAUGAUGAGGACACUGAACCUCAGCUCUCUGAUGUCGGUGAUGAUCUUGGUGAUGAUGAUGAAGAUGACAACGACGAUAAUGACUUCUACAUCUAG